AACAUUGCUUUCUUUUGCAAAUUUCAGAUUAAUCGGGCCCCAAGCUUUGGAACUGAUCAGAAAAUAGACUACGAUGUAAAAAGGGGAGUGUUGCUAAAUGCACUGAAAUUACUCAAUAUCAGGACCAGUGAUAAGAGGAGAAACUUGGCCAAACAAAAAGCCGAGGCUCAAAGGCGGUUGUAUGGUCAACAUUCAAUAAAAAGGCUUUUACCAGGCUCCUCAGACUGGGAACAGCAGAGACACCAGCUGGAGAGGCGGAAAGAAGAAUUGAAAGAGAGACUUGCUCAAGUACGAAAACAGAUCUCGCGAGAAGAACAUGAAAAUCGACAUAUGGGGAAUUACAGGCGAAUUUAUCCUCCUGAAGAUAAAACACUACUUGAAAAGUAUGAAAAUUUGUUAGCUGUUGCGUUUCAGACCUUUCUUUCAGGAAGAGCUGCUUCAUUCCAGCGAGAGCUGAAUAAUCCUUUGAAAAGGAUGAAGGAAGAAGAUAUUUUGGAUCUUCUGGAGCAAUGUGAAAUUGAUGAUGAAAAGUUGAUGGGAAAAACUGCCAAGCCUCGAGGACCGAAGCCUCUGUGUUCUAUGCCCGAGAGUACUGAGAUAAUGAAAAGGCAGAAAUACCCCAGCAGUGACAGCAGUUAUGAUAGUAGCAGCAGCACUUCUGAAUCCGACGAAAAUGAAAAAGAAGAGUAUCAAAAUAAGAAGAGAGAAAAGCGAGUUCCAUAUAACCUUAAAAACUCCGGCCACUACAAAUUAAUUCAACAACCCAGCUGCAUAAGGCGUUCUGUCAGCUGCCCUCGGUCCAUCUCUGCUCAGUCACCUUCCAGUGGGGACACCCGCCCCUUUUCUGCCCAACAAGUGAUAUCUGUAUCACGGCCAGCUUCUGCGUCUCGGUCUCAUUCUUUAAACCGUACUUCCUCCUACCUGAGGCAUCUGUCUCACAGUAGUGAUGCCAGCUCCACCAACUCUCAAGUGAGUGAGUCUUUGCGGCACCUGAAAACAAAAGAACAAGAAGAUGAUCUCACAAGUCAGACCUUGUUUGUUCUCAAAGACAUGAAGAUACGCUUUCCAGGAAAGACAGAUGCAGAAUCAGAACUUCUGAUAGAAGAUAUCAUCGAUAACUGGAAGUAUCAUAAAACAAAAGUGGCUUCCUAUUGGCUCAUAAAAUUGGACUCCGUAAAACAACGAAAAGUUUUGGACAUAGUAAAAACAAGUAUUCGUACAGUUCUUCCACGCAUCUGGAAAGUACCUGAUGUUGAGGAAGUAAAUCUAUAUCGGAUUUUCAACCGGGUUUUUAAUCGCUUGCUCUGGAGUCAUGGUCAAGGACUGUGGAACUGUUUCUGUGAUUCGGGAUCCUCCUGGGAGAGUAUAUUCAGUAAAAGCCCUGAGGUGGUGACGCCUUUGCAGCUUCAGUGUUGCCAGCGCCUGGUUGAGCUUUGUAAACAGUGCCUGCUAGUGGUUUACAAAUAUGCAACUGACACGAGAGGAUCACUCUCAGGCCUUGGCCCUGACUGGGGUCACUCCAGGAACUUGAGUUUAUUCUGGAGAGAUCAGGGAUCCCCUGAUCUUACUGCAAGAAGAGUCCAAAAGGUAUUUACUACCAGGAAGUACCCAAUUCUUCAUGAGAACACCAACCUACAACCUGAAAUACAAUUCACCUGGAAUGACUCGCUCCAAUGUUUUGUUUACAUCCAGAUGCGGCCAUUUGUGAAACAGAAAGGAAGAUUUCCAUGAGUUAUAUAUAAUAGCAAUUCAUUUUUUUCCCCUCAAGUUGAACAUGCAAAGAAAGUGACCAUUAAGUGCUGUUUUAUGUAUAUAAGACAUUUAUGUGUGAGAAUAUUUACACACAUGCACUCAAAUAACAUAUAUAUUUAUUAUAAUAUAUGAAAGAAGAAUUAGCAGAAAAUUGAAUAUAAGACUUAAACUUUCUGGAAAUGUAAUAAACCAUGUUAAAAUUGUUUACACAAAUAUGUGAAUGUCUAGACUUUGCUAGGUUUAUAAUUAAUUCCUUCCUACUAGAAAUGUUAUUUUUGCUGCGGAGUAUAUAAAACAAUUUAUCUUGAA